ACAACACCGACGGCUGCCCUUCACAAGUGUGCGCUGCGGGAGUCAUCUGACAACAGUUACCUGGAGAGUGAGGAAGUAGUUAGUGUGAGUACCCUGCAGAUCGUCCUGGGAAGACAGUCUCCGCGCUAAAUAUACUGACGUAGUAAAGCGUCUUGCAAGACCGAAAGAGCACAAAAGGAAUUUUAUCAAUCUAAAGUAUUGAAGAAUGCGAAGAACAAUCAAUGCACGGAUUGUUAUGGAGAGUGUGUGGGUGUUGUUGGUGGGUGUGGCGCUGUGCUCGCGUCCCCUCCACCACCACCCUUCACCAGGCCCUCACCUCAACCUCACCCACGUGACCACGUUAAGGCAGGCUGGGGGCACUCUCCCUCCCCACAGGCAGGGUGGGGGCACUCUCCCUCCCCACAGGCAGGGUGGGGGCGAUCAUCCCUCCCACAGACUAGGCGGGGGCGUCAACAGAGAGCACAUCAUUGACGAUGACUCCGUGCUGCUGCGCUGCCCACCAUGUUCCAAGAUACACUGUGAGGAACACCGGCCGCGCCGCCUGCGGUGUGCUGGGGGCGUGACCAGGGGCGUGUGUGGUUGCUGCCCUGUGUGUGCCAAGACCAGGGGUCAGGUGUGUGGCGGAGCCCUAGGUUACCUGGGCAGGUGCGACGCUGGUCUCACCUGUCACCUGAGAGAACCUGUCGUCUGGACCUACAGGGCAAGCACCUCCCUCACCUACUACUCCAGGGUGUCUGGUGUCUGUGUUCCCGGUAGCGAAGGUGGUUCCCCCCGCCUGGGGUGGUGGCAGAAGGCAGGAGACGAUGACGGGCAGCAGCAGCAGCAGGAGGCGCUGCGGGAGGUCUCCCUGUGUCAGCCGCCCUGCACAUACCACUACUGCGCCUCCCACCCCAACGCUGUCUGUUCCGCCAGGUUGGUGGGGGAGGAGGUGGUGGGGUGUCGAGGGGUGUGCCAACACACAGUGUGUCGGGCCUGCAGGUUGGUACACGCCCCCGCCACACCCCCGUGCCCUGCCUGCCCACCCGAGGACUGGCCCUGCCUCAGACGGUACGGGAGGUGCGUCCGCCGGGACUACUGUACCUCCCGUAAGAUACACUGCCGCAACGCACUUUAUAUGAGCCAGGCGUCUGAAGGCAAGUAUAUAUGCCAAGUGCCUCAGUGCCCCUAGAUGAAUGGCUCAUCCACUUUGAGGCUCCACCUACCACCUGGGGUCUCCACCCACCCCCUGGAGUCUUCACCCACCACCUGGAGUCUUCACCCACCCCCUGGAGUCUUCACCCAUCACGUGGAGUCUUCACCCAUCACCUGGAGUCUUCACCCACCCCCUGGAGUCUUCACCCAUCUCAUGGAGUCUUCACCCACCACCUGGAGUUUUCACCUACCACCUGGAGUCUUUACCCACCACCUGGGGUCUUCGCCCACCACCUGGAGUCUUCACCCACCACCUGGAGUCUUCACCCACCACCUGGAGUCUUCGCCCACCACCUGGGGCCUUCACCCACCACCUGGAGUCUUCGCCCACCACCUGGAGUCUUCGCCCACCACCUGGAGUCUUCGCCAAUCACCUUAUGCACAAUCUUCUCGGUUUGGCGUCUUCUUUCGAUAAUUACUAUUAUUUGUAAUCACCUGAAGGCUUCUCCCACCUUUCUCAUUGUUUUUAUAUUAAUAAAGUAAUAGGAACUAAAACAUACAAUGAUUCAUAGUGUGAGGCUUUAACAUUCCAUUUAUUAAAUUCUUUUUACUUUUCA